ACCACCGCGUUUCUUUCUGCCGCCUCGUCGAGCGGGUCGAGGACGUACCUCGUCACUAUCAUCGUCAUUCGUUUGGAUAUCCUUCUCCUGCUCGUCUUCCGUCAGAUCGGAGAGUUCAGAGUCGGUGUCAAAGCCAGCUCCUGCGCCUCCGUUCGAUGAAAGGUUGGUAGUUUCUGGCGGCGGUGGAGAUGGGGAGGGUGAGCUCAGGGGCUCCAGAGAGACGGUCGAGCUGGGCAUCGCAUGCGACGGCGAGGACGUUGAGGACGACGUUGAGGACAGAGCUUAACAGGCCUGCAUUGGAUCUGCGGGAGUUUGUUGUUCUCAGGGCGUUUGCCGUGUUCGGGCCUUCUGACCUCAUGGGCCGGUCCCUCCGCGAUGCGCCGGCCGCUUCGGCUUCUCCCGUCCGCUAUGGCUGAUGUUCGCAUUUGGAGAGCUUCAUUAGCUCCCACUGCUGAAUCCGUCGUCUUUUGCCAUCAUCUUCAUCCUCCCGCAACGAAGACUCAAUAUCUUAUUCUUAUGCAGGAAUGGCUCGCAUGGACAGUCUCAACAUUGACUGCCUAGAACUCAUUUUCUCCUAUCUAUCUGGCAAAGACUUGGUUUGUAUCUCGUUUGUCAGUCGUUCGUUUCUCACUGGAGUGAUUCCGACGCUUUAUCGCACGCUCGUAUUCACUCCAGAUCACGCUAAGCGGUAUGCAAAGAUGAUAUCCUCCUUUGCUACGGUCUUGACACAUCCGCAUCUCGCGGUCCAUAUCCGUCAUAUUGACAUCCGAGCGGCUCCGUCACUUGUCGGUGGAAUUCACCCUCAGUUCGUAACAGACAGUCGGACCGUUAUAUCCUCUUGCGACAAUUUGGUAUCUUUUGUAUGCAUUCCGAAUCUCCUUAUGCACUAUCUCUCCGAUCUUGAAUCUCGGAGUCAACUGCAUACCAUACGUGUAAGGGCGCAACUCCAUGUAACAGAAUCAGGACAAUUGUUGCGUCUGAACCACCUGCGGACUAUAUGCUUGGAUACCGCGACUUGGAAUGUGGUUCACAUGCUUCCGACUUGGACACAGUCUAUAAAGUUGACACUCAGGACGUUAACACUCUAUGCUCUCAAAGACCUGAACGACACUAUACUAGAGGCCGUACUGAAGGAACUGCCAGAUCUCACCGCGCUUCAUAUCGUGUUCUGUCCGAAAAUCGACUACGGUACAACACUGCGCCUCAGCAAACAUACACCGGCAUUGCGAAGUCUGGCUUUUUCAUGCUGGACCACUCCUUGCAUUGAGCCAUCGGAUUAUGAGCCUUUACCGCACUUGCGUCAUCUUGCUGUUGACAUUCAGUGUGGCACUACAUCGUACUUCGAUGGCACGUCAUACGCCUCGAUCUUUACUUUGACUCGGUCCUGGGGUUGCACGCUCCAUGCAAUCACUGUCAAGCUCUCUACGUCGUUAGCAGUCGGGGACAGUUUCAUGAAAGCACUUCUUCGUGGACAUGGAUCAAAUCUGGCACAUCUGUCGCUCAUCAACUGCAUGUUACUCGAUGAUCAUUUCCGACGGAUCGUGCACCGCUGUAAAAGAAUUGAACGACUUUCGGUCAUCAUACCACAUAAAAAUAUCUCCACAUUUGCAGCAAACCUUUCCCGUUCCUCGACUAUCCAUACGCUACAAGAUGUGAACGGUGCGUUGCCCACGCUGUCCAAGGAUAGUGUCCGGGCGAUUAUGGUAGCUGUAACCAGUUUGACGAAGGUAGUCACGCCCGACCGAAUCUGGACAAAUGACGGACCCAUCAGUCUAGCUAACAGUCACUUCCAAUUGAUACCCGAGAAGAGGCGUAAUUCACGUCCCAACCAUUGGUUUGUUCCACCCACCUAACUGUCUUAUCAUAGCAAGAACUGGAAGUCCAGACGGCGAAUUGCGAUGGAUCGCAGGCUGUUAUGCCAACCUGUUUCUUGUAAUGAAGUCACAAGAAAGGGUGUCAGGUGAGCAUACCGAAAUGUCCAAGACGAAACAUGUAGUAGUAGUACCAGAUCUAGAGUAGGAGGGGGGGUAUACAUCUACAAGUAUCAUAUAAAGAACUAAUGGAAUAUAAGCAAAACAGAGACAUUC